AUGGAUAACACGAGGAGGAAGGAGAAGGAAGGGGAGGCGAAGAAGGAGGUGCGGAUCUUUACCAAGGCCGAGGUGGCAAAGCAUGACACGGUCAAUGAUUGCUGGAUGAUCAUUAACGGCAAGGUGUACGAUGUCACGCCCUUCGUGGAUGAGCACCCCGGUGGUGACAUCCUCAUGGACGGUGCGGGUAAGGAUGCGUCGGACAUGUUUGAUGAUGUAGGCCACUCUGGCGCCGCCAUUGAGUACCUCAAGGACUUCUACAUCGGGCAGCUCGCCAAGGAGUAA